AUGAAAGUGAAAAAAGAUACACAGAGAGUGAAAAGAUCCCAGCAAGAACCCAGUACUUCUCAACAGGUUUCUACCAUAUCUCAAGGAUGUUUACAAAUUCAAUGUAAUUCAUUACAAAUACCCGUGCUUGCGAGAACACUUAAUCGUUAUGGUAUUUCUGAUCGAGCUGGUGCUGCAGUAGCUUCAGCCGUUCUACAGGAUAUAGGUAUUAUUAAUAACGAAGACAAAAGCAGUAUCAUAGAUAAGAACAAGAUUCGUCGUGCUAGAAGUAGGAAACGUGAAGGUAUACUAGAAAAAAAUCAAAAUUUAUCAUUACGUGGCCUGUUUUUCGAUGGAAGGAAGGAUGAAACGCUAAAGGUGGAAGACGGCGGUCGACGAAAAAUCCGGGAAGAGCACAUUACUCUCAUAAAAAUGUCAUGA